AUGCUUUCUUUCGUGACUCUCCUCUCUUUUGCCUUGGCUUGUGCCAACGCUUUGGUGGUUCCCCACGAAGACUCUCUGGCUCUCGACAAAAGAGAGCCUGCUCCAAUUAAGCUUGACUUUGACAUCAGAAAGACACUCAACAAGUCCUCUGAUAUCAUUGACCUCUCAGAAAGAGCCCAUGCGCUUAAGUCCCGCUAUAACCGGAAGAAGAGGGCAACUAGCUCCCCCAUCGUUAAUGACAACGAUAUAAGCUACUUGUUAGACGUGAAGCUCGGCUCCAAUAAGCAGCCUGUCACUGUGGAGUUGGAUACAGGCUCAUCUGACCUUUGGGUCUACAACGUCUCCACGCCAGGGGCCCAAGGUGGUUCUUUUGACCCCUCGAAGUCUUCUGAUGACAAGGACACAGGAAAAGCGUUUUCCAUCUCCUACUUGGAUGGUUCUGGCGCUGAAGGUGAAUAUGUGACCGACGACUUUGCUUUUGCUGAUGGCAAGACACUUUUGGAAGACUUUCGGUUUGCAGUGGUGGAUGGAGGAGAGCCAAACUCUGAGGGCGUCUUGGGUGUGGGCAACAAAAACACCGAAGCUGUUUCUUCCCACUACGACAACUUACCCUGGGCCUUUCAGAAGAAGGGCAUCACACCAAAGGCGUCCUAUUCGCUAUUCUUGGGAUCUGAAGAGUCUGGCAAGGGCUCGAUUAUCUUUGGUGGUAUUGACACUGAGAAGUACGAAGGCGAAUUAACCAAAUAUCCUGUUUCCGGCUCUGAUGGAUUGGCUCUCGAAGUAAAGAGUGCUGAGGUUGAUGGUAAGAGUGUUGCCUUGAACAAGCCAUUUCUAUUGGAUUCAGGAACCUCUUUAAACUUGUGGCCUAGUCCACUUAUCAAUGCCGUCGGAAAGGCACUUGGUGGUCUCUACUGCUUUGAGUUUUACUGUAUUAGUUGCGACCAACCUAAAGAUAAGUUUUUGACGUUUGACUUCGGCAACAACAAGAUCAACGUCUCGUACCAUGAUCUCGUGUUCCACCUCUCGGAAUCGGAAUGUGUUUUGGGCGUACAGCCUAAUGAAGAGACUUUCAUCCUUGGUGACGUCUUCUUGAGAUCAGCUUACGUCUACUACGACCUCACUCUGGAUGAAAUCUCGAUUGCUCAAGCCAAGUACACCAACGCCUCCAACAUAGUCAGUGCCUAA